GCGAUGCAUGCGUCAUAGCUCUUGUUGAAAAAGGGGGAGAGAAAAUAAUGGUGUAACGAAAAGCGCCGAACCUGCGGGUUAAUGUGCACCAAAGACCACGAAGUCAGUGGUGGUCUCAGAGCUGAGCGCAAAAGUGCCACAGGUGAUGGGAGACAUGAGCACAGAGGUGAGAGUCUUGGUCGUAUAGGUUCCUCAAAUAAGUGAGAAAACCGCUCCAGACUAAACGUUGCCAUGUGAGAUUAGCGACCGAAACCUCAUCUGCGCGGUGCAGAAAGUCUGCGAGCUCACCAUCACGUCACUCCUCGGAUGACCAUGAAACAAUACCGGACGGGGCUGAGGCGAGGACAAGUUGAGGCAGCGGAAGAGACGCUUCUCCACUGAUGAAGCAGCCAAGUUCCUGUGCGCCUCUUCCUUCUUUACGCACAGGCGGAGUGAGGACAGCGAGCAUCACAUCCAUGUCGAGGACACACCAAUGAGUCACCAGAGGUGCUGAGAGAUCAGUGGCAGCGGACAGAAGAAGCACAAGAACUAUUUUAAAACUUAGACAAAAAAGAAAAAACAAUAAAAGCACACAAUGGAUGGACAAGGAGGAUCCUCCGGUUUGGCUAAAUCAGCCGCCGUAAAACUGUCCGAGAUGGGCCAAAGGACCAAGCAAUUAGGCACCGCGAUGCGGGAUCCUCACCGGCAGAGACGGAUCAUAUUAGUGAUUGUUUGCGUGGCUCUCUUGCUGGACAAUAUGCUCUACAUGGUAAUCGUUCCAAUUAUUCCAGACUAUCUCGCUGACCUGGAGAGUGAGCAGUCAGAGCACGUCCACGUCGUCCUGCACCCCAACACCUCAGCAGCCAACAGCACAAGCCAAGACAAAAGCAACAAGAACAAUUUAGAUGUCCAGAUAGGAGUGCUCUUUGCGUCCAAAGCCAUUCUGCAGCUGAUAGUCAACCCGCUGUCGGGAACUUUCAUAGACAGGGUCGGAUAUGACAUCCCGCUUUUAAUUGGACUCACUGUCAUGUUUGUAUCCACCUGCAUCUUCGCUUUCGCGGAGAACUACGCCACGCUCUUUGUGGCCAGAAGUUUACAGGGUCUGGGGUCUGCUUUCGCGGACACGUCCGGACUCGCAAUGAUUGCUGACAAGUACACGGAGGAGGCAGAGAGAACCAGGGCGCUCGGCAUCGCUCUGGCGUUCAUCUCUUUCGGGAGUCUGGUGGCGCCUCCCUUCGGGGGAAUCCUGUAUGAGUUUGUGGGCAAGAGAGUUCCCUUCAUCGCGUUGGCAUGCAUUUGCCUGGCGGACGGCAUUCUGCUGCUGACCGUCAUUAAGCCGUUCUCCAACAGGACUAGAGAGAAUAUGCCGGUCGGCACGCCCAUAUACAGACUCAUGAUUGACCCGUACAUAGCAGUGGUGGCCGGGGCGCUCACAGUGUGCAACAUCCCGCUGGCCUUUCUCGAACCCACCAUCGCCAACUGGAUGGAGAGCACCAUGCACUCCUCCCAGUGGGAGAUGGGCCUCACCUGGCUACCAGCCUUCGUUCCUCACGUCUUCGGUGUGUACAUUACAGUGAAACUGGCGGCGCAGCAUCCACAUUUACAGUGGUUCUACGGAGCUGUAGGCAUGGUUAUCAUAGGCGCGAGCUCCUGCACAGUCCCCGCAUGCAAAACUUUUGGGCAGCUCAUUGCGCCGUUGUGCGGCAUUUGUUUUGGCAUUGCACUCGUAGACACUGCGCUGCUGCCCACACUGGCGUUUCUAGUAGACAUGCGUCAUUCUUCCGUGUACGGUAGUAUUUAUGCUAUAGCGGAUAUUUCGUACUCUGUUGCAUAUGCUAUGGGUCCUAUAGUAGCCGGGCAGAUAGUGCACAAUCUCGGCUUCGUGCAACUCAAUCUGGGUAUGGGUCUCGUCAAUGUGCUUUACGCACCAGCUCUGCUGCUGCUGCGCAACGUGUGCCAAAUGAAACCGUCCCACUCCGAGAGAGAUAACCUGUUAGAGGAGGCUCCGCAGGGGCUGUACGACACUAUCAAGAUGGAGGAGAGGAGAGCUAAAAAGAAGGGCUACAGUUCUGCUGGAAACUGUCUGUCAGUAGAUGAAAACGGGUUCGACCCAUUCCGAGCACAGCGGUCAUUGUCAGAAGAGUCGUCCGGUCCGGAGUUCACUUAGACCGGGUCUCGCUCUUUACCGCCCCUGAAACAUUCCCCUGAAAAAGAUUUGGCUAUGACUAUAGUGAUUUUAAACUUUUAUGUCAGUACCGAUGUGCAAUAUAAACACCCGGUCACCACAAUCACGAUUGUGUGACGCGUUUCCCCAAAGUUUAUUUUUUGAUUUCUCACUGUGAUUUCAUUGUGUCCAACGAGUCUCUGUAUCGUUUGUCAUGGACGUGGAGUUUUGUGAGAGGUUUCUGUGUCUCAGUAUUGUAAAAUAAAUAAAUGGAUUCAUGUACACGAUUAUAUGGGACCAACUAUAAAAAGCACACUUUCCCCUCUUAUACAAAAAUAGCCUCUAUUUUUAGUCUCGACAACGUUUUUUUUUUUAACUUAGACAUCAAAGGCCUCAAUUUCUUAUUUUAU